AUGGGACUGCUCGGACAGGACUCGGAGGUAGGUUGUCAUGAUGCAUUUCCAAGUGCUCUUGCGGUACUAAUCAAUGCCACAGCCUCUUUAAAAGAAAAUGAUUGCACAGGGAAGGCCAAUUCCCCACAACCGUCAACACCCUCGACAUCUAUAUCCGACCAGGUCCGCCUCCUCAUGCGUCGGCUCCCCUACCCCGUCGCAAUCAUAACGGCAACUGAUCCCUCCGGCCCAGAAGACACAACCUCUUUCCGUGGUAUGACCGUCUCUUCCUUCAACACCGUCACCCUCACCCCGGAGCCUGUGAUCUCCUUCAAUGUGCGUCGCCCAUCAGAGACAUUGAAUGCGUUACUUGCCUCGCGCCGGUUUCUGGUGCAUUUGCUUGCACCGGGCCCGGCAACCGCUACUCUGGCUAGGGAUUUCUCUAAGGGGAAUAUCACCCUCGCUGCUAUGUUGAGAGGACAUGGGGAAUUUGAGUUCGCGGCUUUGCCUACUAAGAACGAGGAGGGACAUCCUCAAAGACCGCUUCCUAUUCUUAGGCGGAGGCCGGAAGCAGUAGCUGCGAAUGAUGGUGUCGACUUCCCUUUUGUUUUUGAAUGUACACUACAUCCGCAGAAGAUUGAUGUGCAGGAUCACUCAAUUGUGCUGGGUACUGUUGUUCGGGCGAUCGAGGGCUCUGAGUCUGUUUCGGCACAGGGACAGGAUGGGAAGGUCUUGGAUGAGCAUUCGCCUGAGCGGCUUUGUUUGACGUAUGCAAAUACCAAGUUCUGGAAGAUGGGGGGUGAGCUUUGA